AUGGGAUUCACGCUCUUGGUGCUCGCAAUAGCGGUGGGUAGCGCUCGGUGCGCUACUUCCCGACAGUCUCCGACGGAAUGUGCUGAUGGAUCUAUGACUUUAUGGAUGCAAAAUAGUGACGGCAAAAAUCCAUGUGAACUUGUCCAGGACGUUCUGCGUGUAUGUGACCCCUCGUUUAGCCUUGAGUUUCUUCCACGGGGUUACACCUGCGAUAAUUCGUAUGGGUCUACGCUCGCGCCGUGUUGUUGCGGUAGUCCAACAUUUGCACUUAUGAGCGCGUGCUGGUCUUGCCAGUAUAACAUCACGUUCGAACUGGUAUCCACAACGUUUACUGGCUUUGUGAAGGACUGCCAAACUCUGCCAAACCCUAUCACAUCGUAUGAUACGAGAGUGCGAAGUAACAUCACAGCUCUUGGCUUGCCUCUCUGGUCUCAAGUUGAGCCUUUGGCAGGAAAAUGGGAUUUCACAGGCGCGUGGCGCAAUUCAACGCCCUCUCCGACCGUGGCGCCCCCUGUGCCUACGGGAUACCCCAUUCAGUUCAACUCCACUGGUAUCUCCAAGGGCGCUUUGGCCGGCGCGAUCGUGGGUGCAAUUCUCGGCUCAAAGCUCCUAUUUAUGCUGGCGGGCUAUCUUUUCUAUCGCUGGUGGAAGAAGCAACCCGGCCAUAAUGGCGAAGAUAAUGAGAGAGGAUACGUUCAUCAUGUGUUUGGCUCCCGUGCGCAUGUCGACCUCGAUGAAGACACCGCUUCUCCACGCUCUUCUCGCUGGCUUGGCGUACCUUCUUACCUCCAGCCAACAUCGUUUCAUUCUCCUUCCUCGGCAGAUAGCGGCUCUCCAAUUCCUGGCCAGCAAGAACUUAGCCCGCAUAACACACCUUCUGGACAAAACAUGCCUAGAGAAGCUCAGGUAACUCCCUAUUUUCCUAGCCAAGGGCGAGUUGAGAGUGAAAAGGCGCGUGAACGGAGGCGAUCGCACUCUAUGACACUUCACGUUGCCAAUAACGGGGGCACAACUAGUGACGAAGAGAAUCGUGCUCCGGCACCUCAACCCGCGCUUCUUCCUCGCCCUCCCUCCACUUCUUCCGGCCCUGGUUCGCCAGCCGCCGUAUUAAAUUCCCCUCCAAUGCUAGCGAUGGCUUCACGAUCCACUUCACACGCAGAUUCAACCUCGACCUCUGAUUUACAUGGCCACUCUGCUUCGACGGGCUCCGGUUCAGGGACAAGGUAUCAAGAAGACGAUGCCGGUUACCGCAUUGUGAUCGAAGAUGGGAGCGGGGGGCAAGAAGUUGUUCGAAGCGUACCGCCUGCAUACGUAGACUAUCGGAAAGGAUAUUCAAAUGCACGUCUGGACAAGAGAAGUCUCACUCGUCAAGAUAGUGCGCAAGCAGAUGGAAGUAAUAAUACUCACGAAGGAAGCAGUGGAUCUGCUGUGAGCGAAACGGGAAGACCUGGCGGGACUAGCGACAACACUAGCACAACAUGUAUAAACUCAUCCUCGAACCAUUCUGGCCCCUCGAGUCCAAAGAAGCAAGAUGCCGAGGCUCACGAUACGGACACGAUUGAUGCUAAGACAAUGACCGAAACCAACACGGUCCGAGAACCUCUAACGGAACCUGACCAUCGAGACAGGACUGAAUCUGGUGAUUCUGAAGGAGCCGCGACAAUAAAGCCCCCCGCGGAACUUGGAAACCCCGGGCCAAUUGAACGUUCAAGCACCUCGGAUCUUGCAGCUCUCACCGCUGCCAAUACUGCAGCCAAUCGUCCGACUACAUCGGGCUCGAACGCUUCUUAUCAUACGGCUCGCCCAUCGCAUGCUACUCACACUUCGGCCCCCGCCGGAGUUACUUUCGCAGACCCCAUGCCUCAAGGCCAUGAUAGUUCAGAACAAGACGAUCCUAAGACCUCGGGUGAUAUCUCCCCUCCCAAGAACGAUCCCCCGCAGGCCGCUGCAAGCCCAGCCCCUUGGAGCUGGGGCCGCGCACUAGGCGCCUUUGGGCUAGGAGGAGCGAGUCCUUCUGGCUCAUAA